GAAAAAAGAAGGUGUGGGGUUAACUGCCCACUCUUGCUCUUAUUAGAGACUUGUACUAGUAACUGGAACCGAAGUCCCACGAUGUUACUUAACCGUCAACUAUAGUUCCAACUUCCAAGUCCAACCAGUGUUCUGUUCUGUACGGCAAUGGCUUUCUAAAUCUGAAUUUGCCAUUUCUUCCUUAUUUACAGCUCUACGUGUUGCAAUGGAUGCUAGUGACCCUAUAGCUGGAAUGGAGGUGAGCCACCAAAAUGAGGUAUCCAAUUCUGGCACAGAUGAUGUUAUCAUGGAGGAAGGAAGCAGUGUUCUUAAUAAUGCUGUGGAAUACGAAGGACUAGAUAAGAGUUCUGUAGCUGAUUCCCUGCUGGGAGAGAGUGGAGCUUUCGAGCCCUUGGCUGAGAAAGAUGUAGAAAGAUCAAGUUUCCCUCAGGAAUUCACUGGUUUGACCAUAACAAAGGAAACAAGGGAGGGAGACAACACAAAUAGUUUGGAAAAUUCCAAGAAAGUUCAAGGCAGGGGAACGGCCAUAAAGCAUUCAAAUCCCAACACUAUAGUGACUUCAGUGAAGAAGAACAAAGAUGGGAAAUUUGGUUCGGUCACCUUAAAGAAACCUUUUGCCCUUGCAACUAACCGGAGGUCACCUAAUGACAGGCAGAUUGCUGAAAGCAUCACAAGCAUUCCCUCAGUCAGGGCUAAGAAAUUGGCAUCUGCAGCUAGUGCUGCUUGCCAUUUCCCGCAAUCAGGACAAUCUUGCACAGCAUUACCAGAGUUAAGCACAUCAGAGCCAGAAUGUCUCGGAAGCCCUGCAGUAGAGAGUACUAAACCUGAAAGAGUUGGUCGUCUUCCUUCCUAUGGCUUCAGGUUCAAGUGUGAUGAGAGAGCUCAGAAACGAAAAGAGUUCCUUUCGAAGAUUGAGGAAAAGAUUCAUGCAAAAGAAGCGGAGAGAACUACUUUGCAGGAGAAAUCCAAGGAAAGUCAAAAUGCUGAAAUAAAGAUGCUUCGUAAGAGCUUAACAUUUAAAGCAAGCCCCAUGCCAAGCUUCUAUAAUGAACCUGCCCCACCCAAAGUGGAGUUCAAGAGGAUACCACCAACAAGAGCCAGAUCUCCCAAACUAGGCCGUGGCAAGGGAUCAUCAGCAGCAUCCUCUGAAGGAACCGGCAGCCACAGCACUCAAUCAGGCCGUCUAAGCCUAGAUGAGAAAAUUACUCGAAAUUAUGCUUCCAAAGAAUCAUCUGGUAAGAAGCCACUUCGAAAGUCCCUACCAAAACUUCCUUCUGAGAAGAAUAAACUGUCCAAUUCAAGAGAAAAUAUGACGUCUUCCACUCAACAUUUAGAACAACAUAAGAUUGACCAGGAAGCAGGGAAAAUAUCUGAGCCAAUCCAACGUAAAACUGAAAUUGAUGCAAAUCCUGUACCCAAGAAACAAGACUAGCCCCCUCAGAGCAGACGAAAGAGGGGUUUGCCACUGCUUUUGGACAUUCAACAGAGCAAACAUUAGAUUUGAAUAUGUGUGCUUCUGAAGAACGUAGUUUCACUUGAGUUAAAAAUAUAAAACUAGAAUUAUCUAUUGGUUAUGUGGAGGAUAUUGCAGUGUGGGGUUGCUAAAGUUUAUUUGUUCAUGGUUUUGUAGCCAGAAGUGUUAUUAUUUCUCUGCUUGCUCAUGUGAUUUGUGAUAUGCAGGAGCAGAUUUAUUUGCUUGAUUUCUUUAUGUAAAUUUGUAUUGGUAAUAUUAUACAUCUUACUGUUGAUGACA